AUGUCUGAGGCUUCUGCGCUCCCCGACAUUGCUUCGAACCCCGACGCCGUCCUUGGCGACACCGGCGCGACGUGGCGCAACGGCCAACCCCCUAGCUACCGCCGCACCCGCGAGUACUACGAGCAGACCAAGAAGAAGACCUGGACCGGUGGCUCGCUCGAGGACAUUGUUUCGAACCUGGUCAAGAACUGGGAGAUUGAGGCCUCGUACAAGACCGACUACAACGACUGGCGCACCGUCGACCAGGGUGCUUACACCUUUUCGUGCAACGGCGGCCCCAACGUCAGCGGCCCCGACAUGGUCAACGUCGGCACGUACAACGCCCUCCUGUCGUCGUCCAAGUACUACUCGCCCGAGCACAACAGCUUUGAGGGCUCGCACAAGACCUUCAAGCGCAUGAUGCCCGUGUUCGCCUGGGAGGUUCUCGAGGUCUACUCUGGCCCCCCCGUGGUGUCGUUCCGCUGGCGUCACUGGGGCGAGAUGAAGAUGGACUACGUGGGAUUCAACGACGAGGGCAAGAAGUGCCGCGUCAAGGCCCACCGCGGCCUCAUUGACAUUGAGGGCACGCUCGUCGCCAAGGUCAACGACAAGCUGCAGAUCCAGUCCAUCGACGUCUGGUACGACCCCAUGUCCCUCUUCCACGAGGUCACCAAGGACGGCGCCGAGGUACUCAUUGAGGAGGGCACCGACACCCCGCCCACCCCCUCCGGCUGCCCUGUCGCUCACUAA